AUGGAGCUGCCCGCUCCCACCCCGCGGGGGCACGCGCAGCCCCGCACCCUGUUUGCCCGGAACAGCACGCAUUCGGGAUACAGUAUCCCAUCCCGAAAGCUGAUAGACCGAGCCACCAGCCCUCGCGACGAAGGCGAUCCCAAAGCUGAGCAGAAGACCCUGGAGGAGAGCUGGCAGGACUUGGCCUUGAUCAAGGCGACGCCAAAACCCCCCAAGAAGCAGAGAAGGGAAGACCUCAGCGAGCCUCUGCUCUCUCCGGCUCGGCCGCCGGCACCAGAGCCCGAGGUCUGCUCUGCCCCUCCGGAGACUCCUCGGGUCGAAUCCAGCCCUCUGUGCUGCCUCACGCUGCAGGAGAAGCUCCUCUCGCACUACAGCAGCCAGCUGGCCGUGCCCGAGGUGCAAGCGUCCCUCGCCCCGCAGCUGGCCAGGAGCAUCUGUGCCCAACUGCAGAACUUCCUGCAGAGCAAGUCCCCGGGAGAGGACACUGUGGUGAGGAACCCCCAGUACUGGAUGAUCAAGAGGACUGAUCUGGAGUAUUUCCCUCGUGGGCGCAGCCCCUGGGACAGGUUCAUCGUGGGCCGGUACCUCUCCUCCAACGCGCUCAACGAGACCCUCCGCAAGAUGCUGGUGGCCUCCAUCAACUGGCCUGCCAUAGGCAGCCUGCUGGGGUGCGUCAUCCACCCGGUCAUGGCCUCCCAGGAGCUGAAGCUGGAAGUCAAACACGAUCAGGUCGAGCUGAGCAUCACCCUCUUCCCGGUGGUAGAAAUGGAGGACAAGGUUCUUCUGGCUGCUCCUCCUGAAGGACUGGUGGAAAACCUGUGGCUUGAGAGCUUUCACAGGGCAGAGGUCUCGAAGGUGAAGGAGCUGGAUGCCGGCGACUCCGGGGCUCGGCAGCACUGCCUCCGCAUCCUGAACGGCAUCUGCAAGAGCCAUCCCGCCCUGCACAAACUGAGCGGCAGCCCCUUGACCCACGUCGUCCUUCACCUCAGUGCCACCAGUUGGGACUGGGCGGAAGAAAGCCUUGCCGACAGGUUCCAGCAGGUGCUUGAGGAGCUGGUAAGCUACCUGGAGGAGGGGGUCCUGCCUUCCUAUUUCAACCACAAAAUCAACCUCUUCUGCGAGCUGUCGGAAGAGGAAAUCGAUGAGAUGGGCUUCAUGCUUUACAGGGCCAUAUCUGAGCCGGAGCUCCUGCUGAGGGAGAAAUGACCGGUGCGUCGGGAGCUCCCGAACAUAGGAUGUUCCUUGCCCGUCUGCUGCUCCCCACUGUGAGGGUUGUGAUGCUUCUAGUUGACUAGUCAGUAAGAGGCAAAGUUCUUGCACUUUAUGAGAAAAAAAAAAUUAUUUCCUGUCUGAAUAAAACGUGCCUGAGCAG